UGUGGGGGGGGCAGGACCAGCCAUGGAUCUCUAGGGACGCGCGCAGAUGCGCGUUCGGACCGUCGCUGGAGGAGGAGAGCUAAGAGGAGAGGAACCCGCCAUGAACAAGACCAAGAGGAAGUCCACGGUGGACGCCCACGGCCUGGACAAGGGCAGGAAGCUGGUCCAGCGCAGGAGGAACACGUGUCCCAGUCCCCAGGACAUCACCAAGGCCCUGCAGAGUCCCUGUCCUGGUCCCAGCGCCAGCGCGGCCAGUCUGGACGAGCUGAUCCAGCGCUGCCUGAACGGCUUUGACCCGGAGGGGAAGCUGUCCAGCCCCCGAGGCGCCCAGCUGGUCCACAUGACCCUGAUGAUGCACAGCUGGGUGGUGCCGUCGCAGGCCUUCGCCCACAAACUGCUCAGCCUUUACAAGGACUGUCCGUUGGAGAAGAGGGCCCUGAGACGGACGCAGAUCUGCCACCUGGUCAGGCACUGGAUCAGCCAGUUCCCGGCCGUGUUCGAGGUGGACCCCCUGCUGGAGCAGACCAUGGGGGACCUGUGGGCGCUGGUCCGGCUGGACGGGGACAAGACGCACUCGCAGCCGGCGGAUUCGUCCUGCCUAAGCCCCCACGCCAACGUGUCCCAGGCGCCGUCGCCCUCCGUGAAGAAGAGGAAGGUCUCCCUGAUCUUCGACCACAUGGAGCCCGAUGAGAUGGCCGAGCACCUCAGCUACCUGGAGUUCAAGAACUUCUGCAACGUCUCUUUCAUGGACUACCGCAGCUACGUGGUCCGGGGCUCGGUGCGGGACAACCCGGCCCUGGAGCGCUCGGUCAUGAUGUGCAACGGCGUCUCCCAGUGGGUCCAGCUGAUGAUCCUGAGCCGGCACACGGCCCAGCAGAGAGCCCAGGUCUUCACCAAGUUCAUCCACGUGGCCCAGAAACUGAGAUCCCUGCAAAACUUUAACACUUUAAUGGCGGUGACGGGAGGCCUCUGCCACAGCUCCAUCUCUCGCCUCAAGGACACGUCCAACCUGCUUCCUCCAGAUGUCACCAAGGCCCUGAGCGAGAUGACGGAGCUGCUCUCGUCGCGCAGCAACUACAGCACCUACCGGCGGGUGUACGGCGAGUGCCGGGGCUUCAAGGUGCCCAUCCUGGGCGUCCACCUGAAGGACCUGAUCUCCCUGAACGAGGCGCUGCCCGACUACGUAGACGAGGACAAGAUCAACCUGAGCAAGCUGCAGCACCUGUACAGCAACAUCAGCGAGCUGCUGGCCGUGCACGGCUGCACGCCGCCCUUCGAGGCCAACAAGGACCUGCUGCACCUGCUGACGCUCUCCCUGGACUUGUACUACACCGAGGACGAGAUCUACGAGCUCUCGUACACCAAGGAGCCCAAGAACCCCAAGAUCCAGCCCGUUGCUCCCGUCAAGCCCCCGGUGGUGGCGGAGUGGGGGUCAGGGGUCACGCCCAGGCUCGACCCCGACACCAUUUCCAAUCACGUCAAGCAGAUGGUGGAUUCCAUCAUGAAGAACUACGACCAGAACCAGGACGGAUACAUCUCGCUGCAGGACUUUGAGGAGAUCGGGGCCAACUUCCCCUUCUCGUUCUGCACCCAGGAAACUGACAGGGAGGGUCAGAUCAGCCGGGAGGAGAUCACCUCCUACUUCAUGAGGGGGAUGUCCGUCUGCGCCAAGCUGGGCUACACCUUCGACACGCACAACUUCAACGAGUACACGUACAAGCGGCCGACCUUCUGCGACACGUGCGGCGGCUUCCUGUGGGGGGUCAUCAAGCAGGGCUUCCACUGCAAAGGUAAGACUCAGCUGAACCUCCACCCCCCCAACCACCUCGAAACAGACUGCGGGAUAAACUGCCACCGGCACUGCAGGGAGGUGGUGCGGAUGGAGUGCGUGAAGAAGCACAAGAACACGACCGGGUCGUGUCCGUGCACGCCGGCCCCCGACCUGAAGGCCAAGGGCAACAGCUGGAGCUCGGAGGAGGAGACCUUCGUGUUCCCGCAGAGCAACGAUCCGGACCACAACCGGGCCAGGAGGCUCCUGCCGGACGACUCCACGCUGUCGGACCGGGCCACGCAGACGGACCCGGGCGUGUGGACGCCCGAGAAGAAGGACAAGAGGGGGAACCACCUCCACUCCUCCGCUCACGCGUCUCCGGAGAGAAGGGUGAAGACGCUGCCCCGGAGGAGCCGCGGCUGCUCCAUCCCCGUGUCCUUCCUGCAGGGGAAGGUGGAGGAGCUGCAGCUGCACGGAGACAAGAGCCGGGAGCCGGACUGAGCCGGACUGAACCCCCACCCCCCCCACGGACAAACCCACACCUCCUCCGGACUCGUGGAAUACUCCUACCUGCAUGUUUGGGACAGACUUUGCCUCCGGGCGUUGAUUUUUCUCUCUGUAAUUUAUGAACACAUCGUUUUUGUUCUGUUUGAUGCAAGACCUCGUGCCUUAGAUCACUGGUGCUACACGAAUCAGCCUGAAGACGGUUCCUGAUCCCCCCCACGCCCUCGCAACGGGAAAUUAAAAACUCUGGCAGCUACGACUUGGAUCCCCAAGUUCAGCAGAUGAUUAUAAAAGCAGAUAAUUAUCCCACUUUUCCUGGACUAAAGACGACGUGAUGCUCCACCAGGAGAUGCUGCCGCGUCACUAAAUAAAGGAUUUAUUAAAAUGCA